AUGACGAACAACAAAGAAGCUUUCAACAUCUCAGAUCUCAGUUCCGCUCUCAAUGAAGAGGAUCGGGCUGACCUAGUCAACGCUCUCAAGAGUAAGAUACAGAGUCUUGCUGGCCAGCACUCCGAUGUUUUGGAGAGUCUGUCUCCUGUUGUCAGGAAGCGUGUUGAGGUUCUCAGAGAGAUUCAGAGUGAACAUGAUGAACUGGAGGCAAAGUUUUUGGAAGAGAGAGCUGCUCUCGAAGCCAAAUACCAAAUUUUGUAUCAACCAUUGUACACUAAGCGUUAUGAUAUUGUGAAUGGUGUUGCUGAAGUGGAAGGGGUAGCAGUUGAGACUACUGAUGCAGAAGAGGAUAAAGAGAAAGGAGUGCCUUCAUUUUGGCUCAAUGCUAUGAAAAACAAUGAUGUCUUAGGUGAAGAAAUUACAGAGCGUGAUGAAGGUGCUCUUAAGUUUCUCAAAGAUAUCAAAUGGACAAGGAUCGAAGAGCCUAAAGGAUUCAAACUUGAGUUUUUCUUCGAUACCAAUCCCUACUUUAUAAACCCGGUGUUGACCAAAAUCUAUCAUAUGGUUGAUGAGGACGAGCCUAUACUGGAGAAGGCUAUUGGGACUGAAAUUGAGUGGCUUCCAGGAAAAUGCCUGACCCAAAAGGUUUUGAAGAAAAAGCCCAAGAAGGGUGCAAAGAAUGCUAAACCAAUUACCAAAACUGAAACCUGUGAAAGUUUCUUUAAUUUCUUCAAUCCACCAGAAGUCCCUGAAGAUGACGAAGACAUUGAUGAAGAUAUGGCUGAGGAACUUCAGAAUCAGAUGGAACAAGACUAUGACAUUGGGUCAACAAUAAGAGAUAAGAUCAUCCCCCAUGCUGUGUCAUGGUUUACUGGGGAGGCUGCUCAGGGAGAGGAAUUUGGAGAUCUGGAUGAUGAAGAUGAGGAUGAGGACGAUGAUGCUGAGGAGGAUGACGAAGAUGAGGAUGAGGACGAAGAUGACGAUGAUGAAGACGAGGAAGAGACUAAGACUAAAAAGAAGUCAUCUGCUAGUAAGAAGAGCGGAAUCGCGCAGCCUGGCGAUGGUCAGCAGGGUGAAAGGCCACCAGAGUGCAAGCAGCAGUAG